UAACGUAAAGGUGGCUGACACGUUAAAGUGUAGGUACACGUAAACACAACGGAAACAUAAUCAUACAAUCUUACCCAUGUAUCUUAGUCUAUUCGCGUUUAAUCUUUUACUGGAAUUGUCAGUUGGUUAUCCUAGUCGGCUGACUUUCGAGUUACCUGAUAAUGAAGGUAUUUGCUUCUACGAAGAUCUUCCAGCUUCGAAAAAGUAUGUAUUUAGCUAUCAUGUCAUUCACGGAGGUCAAACUGAUGUGGAUAUCGUAAUUAAAGAUCCUAAACAAGUGAUUAUUUCUAAUGUAGAACGUGGUUCAGACGAUGAUAUCACUUUCACAACAAUUCCUUCUAAUGGCACUUAUUCUUUUUGUUUCAGUAAUGAGUUCUCUUCUAUAUCACACAAACUUAUAUAUUUUGAAAUUCGACCGGAAGAUUUUGAAUCAUUAGCUGAAGAGGCUGGAUUACCGGUUUUCCCAACUGUGAUGACUUUAUUGGAUAGUGUUGUGGAGGUGUUGCAUCAUUAUCUGUCACGGGCUGAAAGUUUCGGGAUCGAGUUGAAAAAUCGUGAUUAUGGUGAUUUCUUGGUAGCGGAAGAUUUGAAUUCAGCUGUUUUUGUUUGGAGUGUCAUUAUUACAUUUGUUGUGAUAAUAACUUCAGUUGGACAAGUCACAAUAUUAAAGAAUUUCUUCAGUGAGAAAAAAGUUGCUUAUUCGGCAAUCCCAACAAGUUAUCCUGCCCAUACUUUGAGAACAUAAUUUGGUGUAAAUUCUAGCAUUGUUUCUGCUAUAUAGGAUAGUUGGGAUUAGAAAAUGACAAGCAUGGGAAAUAUCGACUAUUUUCUGACUCCCGUUCAUCUUUAUUUUCUUUUUUAGUCUAUCGAUUCUGAUCUUAUUUCCAAUCAAACUUCUCAAAUUGUUAACCUGUACGGAUUCAGUUUCUAAAAUUUCGAUUUGUAUUUUAAACUUUGUCUUGUUUUUGUGGUGAUUUGUUUCUCUCAGACAUUAGUUUGUGUUAUGAAAAACAUUCUUUUGGCUAGCGGAUAUUUGCU